CAAUUAGGUACGAUACAAAGUGAUUAGAUUGUCAAAUUUGUCAAUUUAAUGAUAUAUUUUUCAAUAUCUUUGAUUUUUUAUAAACAAUGACGGCGAUGGCACCAAGAUUACGAGCCAGUGCAGAGCAAUUUAAUGCUCUUUUAGAAUUUAUGGAAAGACAUGGAGACCUAAGUAGACCUCAAGUUGGUAUUCAAGAGCGCUUGAGAGUCACCAGAUUGUGGCAACAGUUGGUUUACAUUUUAAAUUCAAAAGGAAAUGGCGUUCGGAAAUCAUCAGAAAAGUGGAAAAAGGUAUGGGUGGAUUGGAAGACGAAAACGAAGAAGAAGGCAUUCCUCAUCAAGCAACGCGGCAGGUGGAGCGCAAACAGGCGCCUGACGGCGCCAGAGGAGAGGGUGCUGGCUGUUAUGGAAGCGUCAUCCAUUCGACAGGCUAAAGAGCAAUUCAGAGUCGAAGAUGAGGAUAUGAGCAGCCUUCGGGAUUAUGAAGCACCCACAACAGAUGCCAAUCUUUGCGUGAAGCAAGAAGUCACUGUGGAUCAACCGUACCUGGAGAUUUCAGGCAUAGAGAUUUACCAAACACCAACACAGCAGCCGCAACCCAAAGCACCGUCCCCAGCGGCAGAGGCGCCAGCGUCUCCAGCAGAAGCACCCUCGUCUCCGGAACUAGUGCAGCGGGUCCGCAGACCCUCGCCCGUCCGCUUACGACCCAGACGCCGCCGCAGAAGUCCAAGGAGCACCUCCGAAAGUGUCGCCAGCGAGUUCGCAAGCAUAGAACACCGACGGCUAGACCUCGAAGAGAUGAGGCUGAAGGACUUACACGUGAGAGAAAUGGAGAAACUGAGAUUGGAAGCGCAGAAGAACGCGCUCCACGAUGACCUACUGCAGAUAUUCCGGCGUUUGGUGGAUAUAGCGCAGGCGUGGUUCGAACGGACGCAUUUUCCUAAUCCAGGACAAGUUUCCCCAUAGAGAGAGCAUAUUGGAUAGUUAAAUAGUGCUUGACUAAUUUCCCAAAUUUAAGGGUCCCAAGAUCGAAUUCUAGCCUAAACCUCUAAAUUUAGAGGGGGGGGGGGUUUGCUAGUAAUGCAGUCUACCAGUCCCAUUGCUAGCAAUAUACUCUGUCAGGUCGACAUCCACGUGGUCCCCUUCUGGAAACCAACGUGCUGAAUUCCAAGUGUAUUCAUCACGAUGGGCUAACUGACCUGCCUUUUUAUCCUCACCUAUCAUCCUUCACUGAUGCCCUGCCAGUGUAUACCAUUAGCGCGGGUGGAGUUACCAUUCCAUUACUUGGAUGGUAGAGUGAAACUGAGUCAGUUAGUCCAUUGGGACGGAUUGAUCAAGAAUUAAUAGAUGAGUCCCCUAUAGGUAACGAUUACCACUUACCACCAGGUGGGUCCUGUUUAUUUAGAAUUAUAAAUUAAAAAAAAAAAAUUAAAAAAACAAUAAUGAAACCAAAAUAUUAAAUUAGGAAGUAUAUUAACAGGUCAGUGAUUCGAUAGCUAUGUAUACUUAGUCCAGCCAUAAGUUCUGUUACCAAUGAAAACUUUUUUUUUUAAUAAAGUAAUGUAAUAAUACUAAAAUUUAUACCUACAAGUAAACUCCCAGCAAAAAGUAAAAAAAAAAAUUCGAAAUGGCCACAUUUGGCUUUUCUACAGGCCUUUAAUCUGCCCGGCCACGAAUCUAUGGAUUUACGCACUGUUUCCAAGGGAAAUUUCGCCACUGCUUGCUGCAAAGAUUUUUUAAGACUCAAUGUCGCCGUGUCUUUUAGAGCAGGCCAUGUCCUCUAAAACUGACCAUAAUUUGAACUCCAAAAGGUUGAGAUCUGGGCUAGAUGAGAACCAGGCUUCACCUCUUAUUAAGUCCAGAAAGUUGGUUUCAAGCCACUGACUCCUUGAUAAGACACGCCCCACCAAACCAUCACUGACGCAGGAUGAUGACCACGGUGUACCUUUCCGACCACUUGAGCAGCUUCUUUAGAGCUGUGAGCGUACACUUUAUCAUUUUGCUUUUUGUAGUUUUUUUCAAACGUGCAAAUUUUUUCAUCGGCAAAGAGGAUAUUUCUGUGCUUUUCGCCUGCGUAUCGACGAUAAGCACCGAACUUCAGGUCUUGUUUUAUAAUACGCGACAGAGAGGGGAAAGGGAUUGUUAGUAAUGGCGACUGAGAAUCCCAUUGCUAGCAAUAUACCCCACCAGGUCGACCUCCUCGCGGUUCCCCCUGGAAACUAUCAUGGUUAAUUCCUGAUGAAUUCAUCAUGAUGGGCUAACUGGCCUGUUUUCAUUCUCACCUAUCACCCUUCACUGGUGCUCCGCCAGCGUAUCCCGUUAGCGCAGGCGGGGUUACCAUACCAUUUUCACCCAUCAAAAAAAAAAUACGCGACAGAGUCCUAGCUUCCCGCUAGUUAUAGUCCGCUAGUUUAGCUAGUAUGUUCAUUUCUCACAAUAAGAUUUUUUGCUUCCUAAUAGGGUUUCGACGAAUUCUGGCUUUAACAGGAUUAACAGUCUUUGUAGUUCUAACAGCACGCGGCCGCCCCGAUCUUCUCUGGUCUUCCACAGAAGAAGUGUUAUUGUAUUUGUUGAUGGUACGACAUACGAACAUACGGCUGAUACCAAGCUUUUAAAAAGUCUGGAAUAAGACCGACAGCUCCAUACCCACUUUGUGUAAGGCGAUCACUGCGAUAUUAUUUCCUUUAACACCCCAUUCCAUAUUGUAAUAAUGUUAAAUGGCGCGAAAUUGAAAUAAGUUCUUAAAAUAAUAAACGUAUUCCAUUAUUUAUUUAAAAUAUUUAAAAAAGUUGAAAAAUAGUUUUUAUGUACAAAAACAGUAUUUAUGGCUAGACUAGUAUACAUAUACUAAUAUAUAUAUAUAUAUAUAUAUAUAUAUAUCGUCAUAGUUUUUCGACAAAGAUUACAUAUAAAGAUCCGUCAGUAUUCUACGACUAUGACGAUAUAUAUAUACAUAUAUAUAUAUAGGCGAGCCAAUGUGAUUGAAAAUUUUGCAGCGAGUGUCAUACAAAAUAAUAGCUUACACGUGAUAUAAAUAUAGGAUAAAGAAUAAAAUAUAACAUUUAAGUAAUAGACUGAUGACUAUAAUAUGCGAUCGAUUUUACAUUUUUGUAUUUAACUUUAAAAAAAAAAUGCUGACACUACAGGUGGGUAAUAUCCGGUAUCUAUAUAUCGAGUUCUAGACACUGAUGACCAUCCAUUGUAAUAUCAGUCAUAUCAGUCGAAUACCAGAGGGAGACUUUGUACAAAAGUCGAUUGCUUGGGUACCUCUGUCCCAUUCGUGUUUCAACCGUGAAGCAGUUGUGUUUGCAUGGCUGUGUUUCGGUUUGAAGGGUGCGAUAUGGCGUGAAUUUACUGGGUACAGAGGAAAAACACCUGAGUCCUCAGGAAUGGCAACGUGAAAAUGGUAACGUCCAUGGUACUGCUCAUGUGUAUAGGCGACGGUUACCACUUUCCAUCAGGUGGACCGUCAGCUUGUUUGCCAUUCUAAGUUGUAUAAAAAAAAAUCAUUACGAGCGGAUUCUUUUCAAUAUUAUAUAAUGGAUAAUCGACAGUUAUUUUUUUUUAUUUAUUUAAUUACCAUGCAUAAAUACAUAAAAAAAAAAAAACUGGAUUUUUUAGCACCACUUAAACCUCUUGGGCUUGCGUGUGAUACUUUACAUUUCGUUCACAAAUGUCAAUAUAUUUACAUUAAUAUUCCGCUGUUUUAGCAAGCUUGGACAGUAAAUAAGCUUUCAGUUUAAACUUUAUGUUUUUAACAGUGAUAUUGCUUCGCAAGUCGGUAAAGCUGGUCACUACUCGACCAAAAGUUACUAUGGCGAGCGACCGAGCGCCUACCUUAUACCGCGAUUAAUAAAUUCCCUACCUACCGACUUACGAAACAAUAUCACGGUUAAAAACAUAAAGUUUAAACUCAGAGCUUAUUUACUGUCCAACCUUGGUAAAAUAGCAGAAUAUUGGUAAAUAGUGACAUUUGAGAACCGAGUGUAAAGUAUCACACGCAAGCCCGAGAGGUUUAAGUGGUAAUAAAAAUCCAAUUUUUUUAAUGUAUUUAUGUAUGAUAAUUAAAUAAAAAAAAAGUAGAGUAUUUACUGAUCGCGGUAUUGAGGUAGGCGCUCGUUCACUCGCCAUAGUAGUUUUUUGCUCGAGUAGUCACUAGCUUGUUUUAGCUUGUACGUAUACCAUGCAUUAAUGCUCUUUCGAGGGCGAAGCAAUAAACUGAGUUGUGGCCAUUUUGUAUUGCUAUGGCACACUCACAAACGAAAGUUGCAUUUGGUUUUAUAUAUUUUUUUGCCAUUUAUGUUAUCUCGCUUUUUUUUUGUGUAUCUAUGUUGUAAUUUGUGUGCUGUAAGUAAUGCAAAUAAAAUUAUCUAUUUUAUUUGCUAUAUUACUAAUCUUUUUAAUAUUUUUUUUUUUAAAUUUAAUUCACUCAUAAUCUUAUUUUCUGAUAUUGCUCACAACUUAGAUUACAUGUUUAUUUUUGUUAUUUACUUAAUUUUCUUACACUGUAUAAUUAUGUUAAAGUGAAUGCUGUGAAUACCUAUAACAGGCGUGUGCAUUAAUAUUGUAUUGUAUUUAAUGUUGUUAUACCUAUAUGUUAUAAUGCAAUAUGCUGUUGGUGUUCCUUAAAUAAAUAAAUAAAAUAAAAUAUCUAUCUAUCUAUCUUAUUUUUGUUUUAAUUUCCUCUUUAAUUUUUUAAGAGGCAAUAUUUUUAUCAUGGCAGCCAUCAUAGGCAGUGUUGGACAAUACUCAAUUUGGUAUCACUUGCGAGAUUUGAUUUGAUUUUAAGUGGGAUAUAUGUAUAGUUAUUGUAAGUACGAUAUAUAGAUAUUAUGUACUAUAUAUUACCCAUCCUUAGUUGAAUAACCUUUGGGGUAGUCAGAGUCAUAAGACCAAAACUACCGACUUCCAAUCAUGUAUUUAAAAUGUAUUAUUAUCCAAUGAAAUGAUUGUAUAUUUUAUUGUUUUAUUUAUUUAUUUAUUUGCAAUUUAUUGUGCCAUUUCAUCAUCUUAUUUCAUGCCUUUAACCGUCCAAUACUGGACUUAAGCCUCUCCCUUGGGGGGUUUUGCCAAUAGUUGCCAAGCUACCUUACUCAACUGCUUCUACCGUGAAGCAGUUGUGUUUGCAUGGCUGUGUUUCGGUUUGAAGGGUGGAAUGUGGCGUGAAUUUACUGGGUACGGAGGAAUAACACCUGAUUGCUCAGGAAUGGCAACGCAUGGGGGGUAUCAUGGGCGAAACAG